CAUAACUACAUGAUCGUUUUGCUCAUGAUUUUCCAAAGGCUCCCGUGAUCCCUAUGUCGUGACUGGUUUUGGGGCUGGAUUCGUGAUGUGCUGGCGCAAGGACGUGAGAUGGGACAUCCAUUCGAGUGAUGAUCCAAAGAGAUUCAUGAGCGUUACCAGUGGUGAAUAUGUGCUUGCUGUUCCGGACUAUAGCCAUGAAGCACGUUAUGCGGCCGAGUCUCCCUUGGAUGAACACGGUGGCAGUCUGGCUUCACCGUCAAGUGAGGCUAAGAAUGCGGCUAUGUUCAAAAAGGUCAUCAUGAAGCUAUCCGGCGAUGUGGAGUGGGCUGCAGGGUUAGUGUUUGAGAGGAACCUUGAUGGCGAUAAGCGGUCAUUCAGUUUCAGACCACAUUACGACGUUGUCCUUCAAAACCCAAAAUACGUCGAUGAGGCGCAACGACAGGAUUACGAUGCUUUUCGAGGCUUCCGGAGCAAUCAUAUCCACUUGUCUAUUGCCGUUGUCGCCCCGGAAAGCCGAAAUUGGUCUGUUGACAGCGUUCAACCGUCGGCAAGUUACAACACGGUUCAUUUAUCUCCGCGAUUCUUUACACAUUUCUUCAAAUGGUGGUCUCUUUUUUCAGGAGUAAUGUCGCUUCCUGUUCGCCAAGGAUCUCUCUGGCCUGGCAUCACCAAGACAAGUAAAAAGUUUGCCCGUCACCUCGCAACGGUCAAAUAUAAAUUGCUUUUCGCUCCGUUAUUCGUUGCCCACAUAUACAAGCACAAGGAUCGAGAGGAAUACUCUGAGGAUGUUGUGACUGCAACGGGCUUGAAGGUCCGUCUCGAUUCCCUGAAACUAGAUGUCCACCAGAGGCGCGAGCAAAUCAGAACAUUGGCCAAGGGGCGUCUUAGGCAACAAAAGGCGAGCGCGAUGCGGAUAAAUCAAGCUCAGCUAGAUCUGCUGGCCGCGGAUUUCAGAGCUGUUUCGGCUAGUAUUGGUGGCACGAAUGUUGACGACAUUGAGACGAAGACCGACGAUGUCAUUUCCUCUUUCCAACAACCAGUAGCCUCGGUCGAUCUUUCUCGAUUCACUAUUCCAGACCAUAACCUCGAUUGGAUUGAUAUGGACGAUUUCGUUGAGUUGGACUGGAUCCUUCCUCAGGAGUCAAAUCCUCGUACUCAGAUUCUCCCCCUUGCAUUCACGCCACGUUUCACCUACUUCCGUCAGACUGACCACGGAGAGGCAAGCCCCGAUGACACAGGUUUUAGCAAAUUCGGAGACGAACCUACUCACAUGUGUGUCAUGUCGGAGAAUAACGAUGAGCGGCGAGUGCAAAUGGAACUUAUCAAAGAGCGUCUCGCGGUCUUGGACGCGCAGAUAUUGAAUUUCGAGCAAACUAUUAGCGAGAAGGAGCGCGAAAUCGCUAAAGAUGUCGAUAAUAAUGAUCCCGAGCUAAGAAGCAAAUACGAUCUCUGUGUUCGCCAGGCGGAGUCGCUUGUAAAGAGGCGAAAUUUCCUAACGUCUGGACUUCAUCGCUUGGAACGGCAUCUUGCGCGUGAUGAACGGGGGCGAAUGUCUGGGAAACUAGGAGGCAAUGAAAGCGAGACAUCCUCCAGGAUCGGUGUUGAUUCUGACUCAACUAGUGAUGCCAAGGGUCUCGAUGGGCUUUACGCAUCUGCCAAUAAUGAAUCCGCCAGAGACUUCAAUAACAGGUUCAUUAUACACAACAUACAAUUCAAAUGGAACAACUCGCUGAGAAACAUCGUCCUGCGUUACACCCACCAAGUUAGUCAGAGACGUGGAUUUGUGUAUUACAUGUCGCGAAGGGCUGUGAAGUUCAUCCUCGAUAUUGUCGCGGAGCAAAACAAAAAUAAGCGGAGCCAGUUUUAUACAGAUCCUCUACGACAACGGUCUGCUGAUCGCUGCCCCUGCCCAGCUGAUGCCGAUACCGAUACCAUCAGUGUGGAAGACCGCAUCGAACAGUUGCUGAGUGAUGCCAAUCGUUUUGUAAAUGCCGAAGACAACGAGGUAGCUUCGAAAACAGAGAGCAAUACCCCUUCUCAAUCAGGUAACUCAAGCGAAAGUAUCGCACCUGAAUUCACUCCCCAGAACAGCUACCAUUUGCGACUCAUAGCACCUCAAAUCCAGCUUCAAAGCGAGAAGAACCAGAAAUCUGUGCUUCUAGUUGCUGCGAAGGGCAUGCAACUGAAAGUAGUGUCGAUUAUGGAUAAAGAACGCAUGUCUGACGACGUUUGUGGCUUGGUGCAACGCCGUUUCUCUCUCGACAUGGAUGGCGCGCAAUUUUUCGUCGCGACACAGAAGAAUUUGGCAGCUCAUUUGCAGUUCUACGCUGGUAACAAGUACGGCAAUUCCCCGGGCUCAGCGUGGCCGCCAUGGAUUACUUUGGAGGCGAUGUUUGACUUCGAGUUGAAUCCGUUUGGCUUUUCAAGGAUUGUUCCGAAGACCUCUGCGAGUUUGCGGUAUGACAAGUAUAACAAGCUCCGUUUGAAGUAUAAUGAAGAGGUGGCCAAAGGCAAUUCCGGACAAUCUCACACCUCCGUUGAACAAGAGCCCAGGAUGGACCAGAUCAAAGUCGAUUUCCCUCACUUCCGUGCCAUCUGUGAUUCAACCGAAUACUACACUAUGUAUAUCAUUGUCCUUGAUCUGCUACUCUUUAGCGAACCGCUUGAGAAAAUACGGAAUGAGCGCCUUGAGAAGAUCAUGCUUACCUCUGAUUUCAGUGAUCUUAGAGGCGCCCCCGAGAUGGUGUUCAAGCUUCAAGAUCGUAUUCGGAGACUGGAAGAGAUCAAAGAAUAUUUCCAAGUGCAUGCCAAGUACUUGGAUAAAAGCGGUUGGGAAGGUUGCCUAGAACUUGAGAAGGAUCUCACCAGUUGUGAGGAUGAGUUAUUUUUCCUAAUGAAAGCAAUCACAACAUCCCAGAGGAAGUUAGAGCCUCUGUCUCAGACCCACGGUGUUAUGCGUUGGAACAUUUAUGCGUCCGAAGUUGUCUGGCAUUUAAUGAAGAAUGAAUCUGAACGGUUAGUUGAGUUUCAGUUGAGAAAUGCCGAAUUUGAGCGUACCGACAAUAGCGACGGUUCAAACCUCAACUCAGUCGCGGUUGAAAGGGUGUACGGUUUCAAUCUGCUUCCCGACGCAAUAUACCCUCAAAUCAUCGCUCCAUACGUCGAUCAGGGACGACCCAUGGACUAUUCGGAUGACUGCAUGGUCAGAGUCAAGUGGUAUAUGCUGGAAGCUGUUGCAGGGAUCCCCGUUCUAGACGAUUUCGAAGUGAAACUCUUCCCGCUUAAGAUACAGUUGGAGCGCGAACUAGGUCAGAAGCUGUUCGAAUACAUCUUCCCUGGUGUCGGUUCGAACGCUUUCGAGAGCGGCGGAUUUUCACCUAUGAUGAUCAAGAAUGUGAAACCGCUCGGGGAUGAUGAUGACUCGGAUGAUGAAUCUGACUUCGUUUCUACUGCCCAUACCACACCCAUCAGCGGCCGACUUUCACCGUCCGAUGACUCAAAAUCAUCUAAGGGACCAGGAUCUAUUGAGCAAAGACUGCGACCUACCUUUGGGCUAUCGGAUGACAAGAGACCGCAUUACCGGUUGCCUCACUUAAAAGAUUUGACUAUAAUACCGAUCAGAGAUUCCUCCAGCCGGUGGGGACUAUCGGACACUUCUCGCCAUAUUAGCCGUCCGGGUAGUAGCGGCGGAAUAUCAUCGUUGUCCAAAAAGAGGUCCUUUGAUAGCUUGCGCAUGUUGGCGAAACAAAACCUUUCCAGGCCGCAGCUUAUCCACCCAGCUACUAUUGGUAGCCCGGUUGGUGUUAGCGAAGACAAGAAUAAGAAAUGGAACUUACCAAGGGGUGUGCACAAGCAAGCCAAAAAUAAAGAAAACAGAAGCCACCUUUCUCAAAUGAUAUCUCGAGCAUCGAACUAUAUGACCCUUGCCCACGUAAGGGUGAAUGACGUCGUGCUCUGUGUUAGUUACAAAGGCAAGGGAGGCCGCAAUCUCGAGGAUAUUCAUGACUUCGUCUUCCGAUUGCCGGUUCUAGAGUAUCGGAACAAAACAUGGUCGAACCUCGAUCUGGCUCUGCGACUCAAGAAGGACGUCACCAAGGCUCUUAUAUCACAUGCACCUGCAAUUCUCGGGAACAAGUUUUCGCACCACCGGCCUUCGAAGCAGCAGUUAAGGCAUCAACGCGAGUUGGCAUCCUCUUCUCUAAUCCUGCGGAACCCGGAAAAUACACUACCUGACCAGUCUCUGAGUCUGGCAUCUUUCGAUUCAGCUUGUGAAGCCUCGGACUCGGAAUCCCUGAUGUCGUACAAGUCAAACGCAUCUCCACUCUCGCGCACAAAUUCUGCCGAUUCUACUGCACGCAGUAACCUUGAAGCAAAUAGACAAAUAUCAUCUUCUCAUUCGUUAAAUGACGCCGAUCUUGAUUCUCGCCAGGAGCCGUCCCGCAAAGAAACCAGUCUUCCAGUUCGGCCAACAACAUCAGGGGGGUCGAUGAAGCAUUUUAUGUCGGAAACAAAUGGGGAUGAUAAUAGUCUUCUAAGGUAGUAGACGCAGAUCUGGCGAAUGCGGUGUUAUUAUUAUCAUUAUUAUUCAUUGCUAACUGAUCCAUACAGUCAUAAGUCCGCCUUUCGCAACUUGGGUCGCAAGUUGAUGCACCCCCGACGAGGAUCAUGAAAAUACACUCGAUAGCAACAGCCAAAGUAUUCCCUCUUGCUCAUAAGUGGUCCUAGGCGUCUGUGGACACCAUUCACACACGGUCCACGCAAAAGCAACACAAAGUUGGCAUUCUGUCACGUCGAGACUUUCACCUCAUUCUCCCCGGGGAGAUGAGGUUUUUAUCUAACAAUGCGGGAUGUAUCCUCUGGCAUUCUAUGUGAGAUAUGCCCCCGAAAAGUAUAAUGGACAAAGCAUAUAUAAUAACAUAAGCAUCAUCAACAUUUGCAAGCUCCCUUCCUCCUCCAGCUUCCCAUCCCAUCAUUUUCAUUUUCGUUUUCAUUUUGCUUUUCCUUAUCCUCUGAGUACCCCUGAAUCCUUUGUGUGAUCAUAUACCAGCGAACGGGAGGGAGCAUUUGUACCUUGUCUAUCGUUUUUUCUUUUUUUCUGUCUAGUUCUCGCUAUCUCUCUGUCCUUGACUCGAUCUACUUUGAUUUAGACACAUUUGCCUGAACUACCUGGAAUGUUCUCAUUAUAUUGGGUUGCUGUCGCCAUGUGUUUCCCUUUGUAUAUUUUGUAUAUCUCUCUUUUUGUAUUUUUUUUUUUUUUUUCUACUUGCUUUUGAAUUCGAGUAAAUGUGUUGUUGAUAUAUCAUACCCACAUAUAUACAUUAUGGAGAGCACAUUUAUGUAUAUAGAUGCCAUACCAUAUACUCUUUGAAUUGAAUUGGACAAUGAAGAGCAAUAUCGGAGGUGAAACAGGAUGGAUGGCUUGUAACAUGUUGAGAUAUGUCGGUUUAGGCCAAUGCAUAUUAUAGAGUACAGA